AUGCGAAGGAUUGUAAAGGAAGAUAUAUUUUAUGGAAGUCGUUCAAAUUCCAAUCGUCUUGAUGUUUAUAUUCCAGAUACUGCCAAAUUUCCUCAUGUAAUUGAAGCAGCUUAUCAUCCUGUCAUAGUAUUUAUCCAUGGAAGUGCUUGGUCAUCUGAUUAUUCUGCAUAUCCUGAAGUUGAAUUAAUGAUUUCUGAUAUUAAAAGGGCAAUAGUGUGGACAAAAAGAUACAUAAAUAAAUUUGGAGGUGACCCAAACAUUGAUCCUGAAUUGGAAUUACCAAAAAUUGCUGGAGUGUAUGAUAUUGCAAGACAUUUUCAUUGUGAGGCUAAACGUGGUGUUGAAGAAAUAUCAGCGAUGACACGUGUAAUGGGAGAUACAUUAGAAAAUCUUGCAUUGAAUUCUCCCACACUCUUACUAGAUAAUGCUAUCAGAGAUGCUCAAAUUAAUCCAGAGACUUUGAAUAAUUUAUUACCACCUAAAAUAUUAUUAAUUCAUGGUGACAAGGAUAAUUGUGUACCAACGGAAUCAUCAAUAAGAUUUAAUCAUGUACUAAAUGAAUUAUAUAUCAAAGAUUUAAAAUUGAGAAUAUUUCCAGGAAUGAGUCACGAUGAACCUAUUACAAGUUUAAUGUUUAGUCCUUUUACUAGUAAAUACACUUUACAAUUAUUAAGUGAAAUGGCUGAUUUCAUGUUAUAUUAA